AGGCUGGACAACGUGAUACUGUUGAAAUGGAAAUAACAGCACUUUCUGGUACCUGUUCAGAAGGAUGUAUUUUUGGUGGCUUGGAGAUAAAAGCUGAUGUUGAUAAACGAUUAACUGGUUAUAGAUUUUGUUGUAAUCGAUCGAAGGGAAAAAUUGUAAUAGCGAAUGGACCGAUAAUUCCUGUUAUACUAUUCAAUAGACGUGAUUAUACACAAGCAUUAAUUAGAUUUCGAUUGAAGAAAAAUCAGAAAUGGAAGUGA